GGCCCCGGCCCCCAGGAGGAGGCGCUGACGCAGCAGCGUGGAGCCCGGGAAUUGAGCGCCCCCGGGGGGUUCCAGCCGCCGGAUUCCAGCCCGGCCAGGGCCUGCGGGCGCCCAAAGCCGCGCCGUCCGCGCCUCUCGUCCCGCUUGGAGGGAUUCCAUGACACACACUCGGAGGAAGUCCCUUCCUAUGCUGAGUUCCGGCUCCACUGGCCGAGGGGAGCCCCUGCAGAUGGAAGACAGCAAUAUGGAGCAGGGGACUGAAGACGUGGAGCCGGGCAUGCCUGAGAGCCCUGGGCACCUUACGGGACGCCGCAAGAACUACCCAUUGCGCAAACGUUCACUGGUUCCUGAGAAGCCCAAAGCCUGCAAAGUGCUGCUGACUCGCCUGGAAAACGUGGCUGGCCCUCGAAGCGCAGAUGAGGCGGAUGAGCUGCCCCCUGACCUGCCCAAGCCCCCAAGUCCGACCUCGUCCAGUGAGGAUGCUGGUCUCGUGCAGCCCCGCAAGCGGCGCCUCGCCUCCCUUAAUGCAGAGGCCCUUAAUAAUCUGCUACUGGAGAGGGAGGAUACCAGCAGCCUGGCAGGUGCCCGCCGUAGCAGAGGCGGGGACCCUCACCGUAGCCGGGACCGGGCCACGGGGUCCUGGUCUUUCUCCAAGAAGCGACCUAGGCUGGGAGAUCUUGGAGAAGGAAGUAGGGACCUGUCCCCAGAUCUAGCCCCAGAUGAAGGUGCCCGUCGAGAUGGAGACCCGGCUCCCAAAAGACUGGCUAGCUUAAACGCUGCUGCCUUCUUAAAACUCAGCCAGGAGCGGGAGCUACCUCUUCGACCUUCUCGUGCCCAAGCAGAAGCAGAUGGGCGCUCCACCGAGCCCCUGGCACCCAGGAUCCUGCGGCCGAAGGUCAACGGCAAGAACUGUCCCAAGGCUCGGCAAGGGGCUGGCUCUGGGGAGGCUACAGGGCCUCCCAACUGGCAAGAGCAGCCCGAUGAGCGUUGGCCGUCUGCUCCUCCUCAUGGGCCACCCACCCAGCCAUCUCACCAGGCCCCAGGCAAGGCUCUGGAGAACCCGUUGCGCCCCAACCUGCCUCUGCUAAUGGGUGGGCAGGCAGCCCUGAAGCCAGAGCCUGGGCGUCCAGGAGAGGAGUCACCUGCCCCCAAGCAGGAACUGCAUCAGCCCUCCUUCCCUGCGCCUCAGCUGUCUCCGCUGCCAAUGCCUGGCAACCCAGCCGACUACAGUGGUCCAUGUGGCGGGCCUGAGCUCACAGCGCUGGGCAGCUUCUACCUGUACUGUGGCCAAGAUGGGCUGCAAUGUGGGGCUUACUCCCCUUGCCCCAUGCUCCCAGAAGGCAAGCUGUCUCCAGUGGCAGCCCCCAAUGAGGGGCUGCUCAUGGCCCCCAGCUCAGUGCCCUCCGGUGUCCCUUUCCAGCACCCUCCUUGGAGCGCACCUCGCUACUGCUCCAGUGAGGACACUGGAGCGAAUGGCUACAGCAUCUGUGGAGUGUUGCCUCUGUCUCUCACACACAUUGGCACUACCUGUGGUGGCUGCCCCUACAAAAUGCCUUUUACUGCAGAAGGCUGCAGGUCGCUCGGCCAAUUGGAAUUUCCUCUCCCAGAAGCUGGCCACCCAGCCUCACCUGCUCACCCCCUCCUGGGAUGCCCUGUGCCCAGUGUGCCACCUGCUGCAGAGCCUAUCCCCCAUCUUCAGACGCCCAUCUCGGAGCCCCAGACAGUAGCUCGGGCGUGCCCUCAGAGCGCCAAGCCUCCGAGUGGCUCCAAGUCAGGUCUGCGCACAGGCUCCAGCUGCCGGCACACUGUGAGGAGCAAGGCUGCCCGCAGGCCCAGCCACCCCAAGCAGCCGCGUGCCCAGCGCCCACGUCCUCGCCGCCGCCGGCGCCGUCGCACUAAUGGCUGGGUGCCUGUAGGUGCUGCCUGUGAGAAGGCAGUGUAUGUCCUGGAUGAGCCAGAACCUGCCAUCCGAAAGAGUUACCAGGCAGUCGAGCGACAUGGAGAGACAAUCCGGGUCCGAGACACUGUCCUCCUCAAGUCAGGCCCAAGAAAGACGUCUACACCUUAUGUGGCCAAGAUCUCUGCCCUCUGGGAGAACCCUGAGUCAGGAGAACUGAUGAUGAGCCUCCUGUGGUAUUACAGGCCUGAGCACUUACAGGGAGGCCGCAGCCCCAGCAUGCAUGAGCCUUUGCAGAAUGAAGUUUUUGCAUCAAGACAUCAGGACCAGAACAGUGUGGCCUGCAUUGAAGAGAAGUGCUAUGUGCUAACCUUUGCUGAGUACUGCAGAUUCUGUGCCAUGGCCAAGCGCCGGGGUGAGGGCCUUCCCAGCCGGAAGACAGCACUGGUGCCCCCAUCUGCAGACUACUCCACCCCAGCACACCGGUGGCACAGUGCCAGAGGACACGGACCCUGACCUGGUGUUAGUUUGCCGCCAUGUCUAUGACUUCCGCCAUGGCCGCAUCCUCAAGAACCCCCAGUAGCCUCUUGAUGCUCACAGUGGGGCUGNCUUCGGGAGAGUGGGGCCUGGGGCAGGGGCACUGCUUGAAGCACAGCACUUGGUUAGGGGCCAUGGGUUGCCGGCCUGUGGUUCUCUUUGGGGGGAGGGAGGGCAGGGGCCCUAUGGAGAAAGGGAGGCCAGGAUAUGAGAAAGGUAUCUAAACCCUCAGCUUGGCCUGGGGUGCCCUUCUAUGCACCCCAGGGUGGAGACUCCUGAAGAUUCCGUCUUCCCUGAGGUUGGGCCAGGCCUGAGGGACCUGGCCAAGGAAGGGCAGGGACAAGUAGAAGGGGUAAGGUCCUUCCAGAACCAGGCCUACCAGGCCCUUUUCUAGCCUCCCCNAGGCCUUCCAAGGGGAGCAGGAGCCAGCUUUACCUCACCCACUGUGACCCGCUGCUUCCCUGUCAGCCUGGGACCAGGCUCUGCAGAUUCUAGCACAGCUCUGGCUUGUUCCAGUGAAUAAGAGAGCCGAGCUUUGACUUCCUCUUCCUGGACUCNAGGCUUAUCCCUGGCUUUCUUCCUUUACCACUGCAGUAGCCACUGGUGCUGGCACAAGUUGACCCUGCCCACCCAUGGGUGUCAGCCUCAUGUCAGCUUGCCAUUAAGGGUCACCCAGCAGGUCUGGCUUCCCAGAAUACUGGUCAACAUGGAGUUUAUCAUGUCUGGGAGAGAGGGUGGGGGCAGGGGACAAGGAAAAUUGCUACCUGAUUCGCUGAAGAUUUUUCCUCUUGCCUUAUUCUUGGAGGUUCUGGGAAACCUCUUGCAGAACUUCACACGUUACUCUUCAAGCCACACCCACCUGAAAUCAAACCAAAGGAGAGUUGUGGCUCCUCUUGCCCUGCCACCCCUUACCCUAGUCUUUCGUAGAUUGCACUAAUUUACAUCCCAGUGAGAAUCAACACUGUAUCAGUCCACAGACCUGAGCUGCAGCCACUUCCUCUAGGGGCUAGGCCCUGCAUUUUCAGUUCGUUCCUGUUGCCCAGAGAGUGUUCUAGCCUCAUGCUCCCCACCAGUGAUUGAUCAGAAGGCUCAGUCCCCCGCUGGCCUGGGCUGAGGGGCUGAAGCCUGGUCACUUGUACCUUGUUUGUACCAAAGAGGAGCAUGGGCUCAGGGAGGGUGCAGUGCAGGGAAGUGUGGUGUGCCUGGGGCCCAGCGCUGGCCACUUGCCACCCAGGCAUGUUGGGGGGGGGGGGCAUACACUGUGGAAGAUGGCACUGGGUCCUCCCUAGAGAGGGGAGACACGGGUCCAGCAGUCAGGGGACACGGCACUGGGGUGAGGAUAGUCUGACAUAGGCUGCAUUGGGAGGUGGAAGUGAACCCUGAAGGCAAAGACCCGGCAACCCCAGGUCCAGGCCCCCUGAUCCGUAGAAGAUAAACUGUUCCUGAUGGGUAAUUGGGCUGGGUAGGCCUGAAGGCUUCACAGGUUAAUUUGUUGUUGUUUUGGAAGCCCUAUCCCAAACCCAAAGGGAAGACUUCACAUGGAAUAAGCUCUUUGGAGGAGGUCAUCAGUCUGAAAGAGCAAGGCAUAAGGAACGAGUUGUCAAGAGUGGAGAUGGACCCUUUGGAGCCUGCUCGUUCUAGGGUGCUACCAAGGAGCCCAGCCUCACCCACAGGAGAGGAGAUAAGGCCCUCCUAGGAGGCAGGGGGCUGCUGCCCAGAUGUUAAAUGCUUUUGGAAUCUCUUUAGAUGUGGAAAUAUUUUUUCGAACAUGAAAAUGCAGCUGGUAGAAUUUCAAUGGAAGUAUAAUCCAUGUAAAAUAUAUUUUAGUUGAUAUUUUGUAAAAUGCACUUUUUGUGUGUGUCGAUCCUGGUUUCCCAGAUCUGUAUUUCAGUGUUUACAAGGGAGGGGGUACCUUUCCUAACCUCCCUUUUGACAGAGAUUAGAAGUACUUCUUUAAGAAAAAUAAAUAAAUUUGAGAAAUUGUAUUGAUUUAG